AUGUCUAUGAACUUUCCGAGCGAGGAGGAGCGCAUCCUCGCGCGCUGGAAGGAAAUUGACGCCUUCCAGAGACAAGUCGAGCUAUCAAAAGGAAAGCAACCAUACACUUUCUACGAUGGACCGCCUUUCGCGACAGGAAUGCCGCAUUAUGGUCACCUCCUGGCCUCGACCAUCAAAGACAUCAUUCCCCGCUACUGGUCCAUGAAGGGCCGCUAUGUCGAGCGACGGUUCGGCUGGGAUACUCAUGGUGUGCCCAUUGAGUACGAGAUCGACAAAGAACUGGGCAUGUCGGGACGCGACGCUGUACGCGAAAUCGGAAUCGCCGAGUACAACAAGAAGUGCCGCGCGAUUGUCAUGCGAUAUGCGACCGAAUGGAGGGCGACUAUCGACCGUCUGGGUCGCUGGAUCGACUUCGACAACGACUACAAGACUAUGGACACCAGCUUCAUGGAGUCGGAGUGGUGGGUCUUCAAGCGUCUCUUCGACAAGGGUGCCGUAUACCGGGGUUACAAGGUCAUGCCCUACAGCACAGCGUUGGCGACGCCUCUCAGCAACUUCGAGGCCUCACAAAACUACAAGGACGUUCAGGACCCAGCGGUAGUCGUCACAUUCCCGCUGCUCGACGACCCAAACACGUGUUUGUUGGCAUGGACCACUACGCCAUGGACACUCCCAUCCAACACCGGUCUCUGCGCGCAUCCCGAUUUCGAAUACGUCAAGAUUCUCGACGAAGCGUCCGGCAAACACUACAUCCUGCUCGAAGCCCUGCUACGCACACUAUACAAGGAUCCAAAGAAGGCCAAGUUCAAGGUCGUGGAGAAGUUGAAGGGCAAGGACAUGCUGGGCUGGAAAUAUGAGCCCCUGUUCGACUACCUCUACGACGAUUUCAAGGACUACGGCUUCAAGGUGGCGAACGACACCUACGUCACAGCAGACAGUGGUGUGGGUAUCGUUCACCAGGCCCCCGCAUACGGAGAGGACGAUUACCGCGUUGCAAAGGCCCACGGUGUCAUCUCUGACACCCGACCGCCACCCAACCCAGUCGAUGAUCAGGGUCGCUUCACCGCGGUCGUCCGCGACUUCGAGGGCCAACACGUCAAGGCAGCAGACAAGGGCAUCAUCAAGCAUCUGAAAGGCACCGGUCGCUUGAUCGUAGACUCACAACUUCUCCAUAGCUAUCCCUUCUGCUGGCGAUCUGACACACCCUUGAUCUACCGAACGGUCCCCUCAUGGUUCAUCAAGAUUCAGGACAUCGUACCGCAAAUGCUGGAGAACAUUGCUGGUUCGCACUGGGUUCCUUCCUUCGUCAAGGAGAAGCGCUUCGCCAACUGGAUUACCAACUCACCCGACUGGGCUGUAUCACGAAACCGUUUCUGGGGUACGCCACUUCCGAUAUGGGUCAGCGAUGACGGCAAAGAGGUGGUCUGCAUUGGCAGCGUGGAGGAGCUGAAGAAGCUCAGCGGGUAUGAGGGCGAGCUAACCGACAUUCACCGGGAUAAGAUCGACCACAUCACCAUUCCCAGCAAAGACGGCAAGGGUGUGCUCCGAAGAACAGAUGAAGUCUUUGACUGCUGGUUCGAGUCUGGUUCCAUGCCCUACGCCAGCGCGCAUUACCCAUUCGAGAACGUGGAGCAAUUCGAGAAGUCCUUCCCUGGUGACUUCAUUGCCGAAGGUCUCGACCAAACUCGUGGUUGGUUCUACACACUCACCGUCCUUGGAACACAUCUCUUCGGCAAGCUGCCUUUCAAGAACUGCGUUGUCAACGGUAUCGUGCUUGCGGAAGAUGGCAAGAAGAUGUCGAAACGUCUCAAGAACUACCCCGACCCCAACUUGAUCAUGACCAACUACGGUUCUGAUGCGCUGCGAUUAUACCUCAUCAACUCUCCCGUCGUUCGUGCUGAGACACUUCGAUUCAAGGAAGCGGGUGUCAAGGAGAUCGUUUCCAAGGUCCUUCUACCUCUCUGGAACAGCUACCAGUUCUUCGAGCAACAAGUAUCGCUGCUGAAGAAGGUCGAGAGUCUGGACUUCGUAUUCGACCCGGCAGCUGGAAAGACCAACAAGAACGUGCUUGACCGAUGGAUCCUCGCGUCCACCCAGUCGCUGCUAAAGUUCGUGAACGAGGAGAUGGCUGCAUACAGGCUGUACACCGUGGUUCCGCGGUUAUUGGAGCUCAUUGACAACACAACAAACUGGUACAUUCGCUUCAACCGUCGCCGGUUAAAGGGUGAGCACGGUCUGGAGGACACCAAACACGCCCUCAACACACUCUUCGAAGUUCUCUACACACUCUGCCGCGGUCUCGCGCCCUUCACACCAUUCAUUACCGACAACAUUUACCUGCGGUUACUACCUCACAUCCCCAAGGAACUGCACGCGGAAGAUAACCGUAGCAUCCACUUCCUCCCCUUCCCAGAAGUGCGAGAAGAGCUGUUUGACGAGGAUGUCGAGCGCCAAGUCAAGCGCAUGCAGUCAGUCAUCGAGCUUGGCCGUAUCUGCCGUGACCGUGCCAACAAGGGCUUGAAGAUUCCGCUGAAGACCCUGGUGGUCAUCCACCCAGAACAACAAUACCUUGACGACAUCAAGUCAUUGGAGAACUACAUCCUGGAGGAGCUGAACGUCCGCGACAUUGUGCUCUCUAGCGAUGAGGAGAAGUACAACGUCCAGUACUCAGCUACGGCCGACUUCUCCGUGCUUGGCAAGAAGCUGAAGAAGGACGCCAUCAAGGUCAAGAAGGCGCUACCAAAUCUCAAGAGCCAAGAUAUCAAGGACUACCUGAAGAACGGCGAGAUUGUCGUGGACGGCAUCAAGCUUGAGGCUGAGGAUCUGAUGGUCAAGCGCGGUCUCGCAAAGGACUCUAGCAACAAGGACCAGGAGUUCAACACAGACAACGAUGUCCUCAUUCUCCUCGACGUCGCCUCAUAUCCAGAGCUCGAGCAAGAAGGCCUCGCUCGUGAGGUCAUCCGCCGUGUACAAGAUCUGCGCAAGAAGGCCGGACUGGUGCCAACCGACGACGUAGGCAUGGAGUACCGAGUGCUGAGCGAUCCGGAAAGUGUAGGACUGGAGCAGGCGUUUGAGAACCAGGGCCCAUUGUUUGAGAAGGCUUUGCGAAGACCUGUGGACAAGCACGUCAUCACUGAGGUUGAGGGCAAGAUCCCGGAGAAUAGUAACGAGAAGGUUAUUGCAGAGGAGGAGCAAGAGCUCCAUAAGGCGACUUUCAUGUUGCGGUUGAUCAAGCUAUAG